AUGGACCCUCCCACAACACUCAAACUCAUCUCCAUGGAAGUCGGCAGUCCGAGAUUCGAAAACUUCUUUCGCAUCUUGGCUGGUAGCCAUGUCAAGUAUAUCACUACAUGCCCCGGCGCUCUUGACCGCGAGGCUUUGAUGGACAUGCCACUGAAUUUCCCCAAUAUUCUUCCGCCCUUGCCAUACGAGCAAGCUACCUGGAACACCGCUCAUAUAUUUGGCAAUGAGGCUACGGGAAAUUUAGAAUCCAAGUUGUCGACCCGCGAGAUGGCCCGCAUCAGCAGCGCUUGGCAUCCAACCCUCGUCGAUUUCCUCCAUUUACAGAAGAUAAAAUCGAUGGGACUCUUUGUUCAACUUUGCACGCUGACAACCGAUCCGACACAUAACCACCGAAACGGCACUGGAGAAAGGGUGAUCGCCAAGAUGGCCCGGUUUGAGUGGGAAAUUCGGUACCUUGCCCGCGAGACCCUGGCGUACCAGUUACUCCAUGGCACUGGUAUUGGACCCCGAGUAUUGGGUCAGAUCCACGAGCAAGGUCGCGUUAUUGGCAUUCUUCUUGAAAUAGUUCAAGGUCGUUCCGCUGGGAUCGACGAUUUACCUCAGUGUCUAGCAGCGUUGAAGCGCUUGCACGGUAUGCGCAUUCUCCACGGCGACUGCAACCGGCACAACUUCAUUGUUGGGUCAGGGGGGAAGGUUACGUUGAUUGAUUUUUCCGAGUUCAAGGAAAAUGCUACAGAUGAAGAGUUGGCUGCAGAGGAGGAAUCCCUUGCGGGAAAAUUGGAAGAUGAUAGCGGUUUGGGGGAUUAUGGGGUUAUUGAUGAAGACUAA